UAGCCAAACCUUUAUAUCACUUCUAGUAGUAUUUUAUAAAACUUGAGUACGAUGAGGAAUGAUGCUCAUCUUUUUUCAGCUUAAAUAGCAACUUUAUCCAGGUCAGGGUCACAGGAAUCGCACAAUAAAUGGGAUGCCGUAUUACUGUCAGUAACAUCACUGUCAGGGCCAGUUCUUUGUAAAGGAAGAGAAAACCCAGUAGUAUAUUUUAUACAACUUUAUAUAAAAUAUAUUAUAACUAUAACUACCCUUUGGACCAAAAGUUAUUCCCCAUGCGUUCAUGUUCAUUUCCAGUGUAAGUGUAUCAGACCAAAUGUAAAAAAAAUAAAAAACAGUAGAUACAUAAUCAAUCUAAAAUAUUGCAAUGAAUAAAUAUUAAAAUAUAAAAAAUAUAUAUUUUUUUCACAGACAGGAAGAAAAAGAGUUUUUAUGUUAUGGAACAGCAGUAACAGGAUUUUCGCUUCUAUCAAUCUAAUUAACACUUUCAUUCACUGUGGAUGAAGUUGCCCUCUGUCACGUGGUACGGGAGGGGCGGGGCCUCACACAUUGCCUGCAACAUGAAGUCAAUUUAAGGAAGGUAGACAUGGUCCUUAGUCGGGCUCAGGUAAGUUAAUUAGGUGGCUCCAUUUUUCCAGCAGAAGCAUGGGAAAAACACACUUUUAUGCACUGUGGUCCCUACACGAAGCACCUCGUCAGUUUAUCAGUAACGUGAACCGCAGCAGCUACCAGCUCCAGAUCCCUCUGCCUUUACCCAAGCAGCUUAUCGUGUUCAGUCUGGGAGACUGGACCUCAUUCUCUAAUGACACAACAGUAUUAAUUGAGGUGUUUGUUAGCCCGGACGUGAAACCGCAGAAAAUUGGGAUUCUUUCACCACGUUCAAGUUGUUUGGUGUGGGAAGGAGACUGGACAGUGAACCUUUUAAACGAGUCCGCAGUGAAGAGCAGGAGAGGUGUAUAUGCCAAAGUGUUGCUCACUGUCUGCGGAGAGGUGAAAGCCAGCUUUGUUAGCAGUACACCAUUGGUGAAAAGGAGACGUCAGUUGACCAGCUUCUCCCAGACCCUUCUGAGCAGCGCUAGCAACACCAAUAUCAUAUCUCGGAGAUCAUCACCCGAGGACACGGUCAGUUAUGCAGAGCUCAAAACAAGCAAAGAGGAGAUUCAGGAUAUCAGCCUCAGAACCUCAGGAGUUUGGGCUUUGGAUAAAACUCCAAGACGGACCAUGAUAGGAAAGAGAGGAUGCAGUUUGAGCUAUGAGGGAUCUGAAAUGCAGCAGAGGUCAAGACAAGGUUCCAGCCCAAAGAAGCGGAAACUGGGCAUAUAUACUUCACGGAAUGAGGAGAGGAAAGUUGUUAAAAGGACGAGGGAUUGUCGGGCAGAGCAUCCAUCAAAGCGCUGGAAGCAUACUAUGUGUUUAUGUGAUCCUGACACAGCUGUUCUGAUUGGUGGAGAGACUACAGAACAAAACUACUCUACAGACUCCAUAUGGAAACUGGAGAUUGAUGGUGAUUUUUGGUUCCCCGUGAAUUCUACUACAGUCGGACCUCUCCCUCCCAGCUCUCAGGGCCACUCGGCGGCUUUUGACCCUGAGAAUAAGGUUGUCUAUGUGUAUGGUGGCUUUAGAGAUGGUCAACGCUAUAGUGAUAUUUAUAUGCUGGACACACUGACCUGGAAGUGGAAACUUAUUAAAGCAAAAGGAAAUGUCCCGUCAUUAGCAUACCACAGCUGCAGUAUUUAUAAAAGAGAGCUUUAUGUAUUUGGAGGGUUGCAGCCCAGUCGAGGUCCUGGAGGCAAAGCUUGCAGUAAUGCUCUUUACAUCUUCAACCCUGAACAUGAGCUGUGGUACCAACCAAUUGUAGAAGGGGACCGUCCUCUUCCCAGAUUUGGCCACUCCAGCACCCUACUGCCUAACAAACUAGUGAUAUUCGGAGGCCUAAAAACUGCUGCCUACCUCAACGACCUCUACAUUUUAGAUCUCGGCUUCAUGGAAUACACUGCAGUGAAAUACGAAAACAUGCCACCCAUUGCUCGUGGGUUUCAUGCUGCUCUGCCCGUGUCUGACAACAGGGUGCUGAUCAGCGGAGGCUGCAGUGCUUUAGGAGCACUACAAGAUCUCCAUCUCUUCAAUAUAGAGACCAGCUGCUGGACAUCAGUAGUGUGUCCAUUGCUCUCCUCAAAGCCUCGUGCUGGACACAGUCUAAUCAGUCUGACCAGUACUGCACCUUCACACACUGAUGAAAGAGACCAGGGAGAUGGCCAUCACACCUGCCUCUCCACCCAGCACACUAUCUUAGUGUUUGGGGGCUCUGAUUGCACUGGCAUGUUUUAUGAUGACACAGUCAAAUGCGUCAUUGAAAUCCCUGCUGAAGGACAGGGACUAGAUAUAAAAGCAACUCAAAGAGCAUGGUGCAUGACUGAGAAACCCCUGAGAGAGACUGCUAAGUGAUGCAGAUUUUUUAUUUUAUAAUUUAAACCUUUUUUUCCUUCACUUAUGAGCACUUGUGAGAGAAAAUGGAACUUCUCAUCAUGAUGGCACCUUUUUUUUCCUUUCUUUUUAAAAACCAUUUAUUUUAAUAUUUUUUUUUUUUAUUUAUUUUUUUUUCUACAAAUUUAAACAGCUGCUUGGCAGCUACUGUUUAAUUUAUUCAAUACAAAUUGAAAUUUCUAUUUUCAAUAGCAUUCUGUUGUAUAGUUUCGGAGAUUAACACACCACCAUUCAUUUUUGUCCAAUAAAUAUUUUUACAUCUAUUUGAAGCCACCUUACUGUAUAUUCUAUUUUUCUUACUUGUUUCACUUUAUGUUCAAAACCUUAUGCCACAUUGUGUAAUUUUUGUAGCUGCA